AUGAGCGAGCAGUGCGUUCUAAUACCGGGAGAAUUUGGCGUGUUCGUGCAGGUCUUCAUCGGGUGUGUGUCCAUAGGUAUACUGCUAACCAAGUACCUCUUCGAGAAGCCAAGAAGAACAUUCAUCAAAUUUUUGAAGGACGUAAUUGUUAUCAUAUGUGGAUCAGUAGCACUACACAUAACAAACAUAUUUGCAUGCAUAUUCAUUUUCCGAUACCACCUUCUAUCCUAUUUGUACAAAAUUGAAAUGGACGAAUGCUCUAUUUAUUUUAUUCAGAUCAUAAUUGAUGCUACAUUGGGUCUCUACAUACAGUAUAAAUUAUUUUCAUUAUUUAAGUUUCUAAGAUUUAGGAAAGAAUACCUGCACAAUGAUUCUAUAGCGUCUAUAUACAAGCCGAUUGAUGCUCUUUCUCAUUAUUCCUCCUUCGUCAAUUUUGGCAACAGUAAUGACGAACAGAAAGGGAAAGAUGAAAAAAAUGGGGGGACUCUGAUAAGAACAAAAAAAGGCCACUCUGAUUAUGCUUACAAGACAUCAAAUGUGAAGGGAGGACCGCCACAAGGGGACAAUUCCGAUCUGUUUAACUCAAAUGAAGCCACUGAUGUGUCUUCCCCAAAUGAGGAUGGACUACAUGGUUCAAACGAAUUGGAAGUAACCAAAUAUAAGAAACCAGGAACCACGGAGAAAGGCCUACCCAAUGUGGCCCCGUGCAAGAGUGUGGGAAAGCACUUCACCCCCGACGGAGGCGCGACAACCGGGGGAGUCAGGGUCCAGGGGCUGAGAAAAACGAAUGAAACGAAUGAAAUGCGCUCAAUGAACGAGACAAACGGGACAAACGCACACCAGGAGGAAGUGAAAAAACGCGAACUGUCAAAGGGACAUGUCGACAGAGACGAUGUAGCCGACACUCAGGAAGAACAAAACACCUACGAAGAGUGCAGUCAAUGCAACAAAUAUAAAAAAUAUUACAACAACAACUGCGAAGAUUACAAAAAUGAGUUAAAAUUACUCACGGAUGAAACCCCAAAUGAAGAAAUUCGCAUUCAGCUAAACGAAAGUGGUGAUCAGGAUAAAGAAAACCCAACUACGUACGACAAUAAAAAUUCAGAGAUUUACAAAAAAAUUGAAGAAAAAUACAUGGACAUGGAUUUGUUUCAAAAUAUUUUCAUUUGGGUUUCUGUAGUUCUAACGGCUAAGAUUAUAUCCUUGCUGGUUUUUUACCUCUUGUCUCCUAUCUUUAACAUGUUCGUCAUGGGAACCAUAGCCCACAUCACCGACAUGAGGUACAAGCUCCUCGUGGUGAUGAUCAUCGUACCUUUCUUCUUCAACUUCAUCCUGUACUUUUACAUGGAUAGCAUAGUCAAGACGCAGCCCACGUGCAAGAGUGUAGGUAGCGAUAAAAUUUAG